UAAAUUUCUACAAAGAAAUUAUAAAGUUAAAAGAAACUUAUAUGCUGAUAAGAAUAACAAAAAGAAGACAAUGGAAGAUAACAGCAGAGAGCAGGGAUUUAAAAGAGGAUUGGAAGCAGAUAAGAUCCUUGGUGCGGCAGAUGACAAUGGAAAACUGAUGUAUUUGAUACAAUGGAAAGGAACAGAUGCAGUCGACAUGGUGUCUGCCAAUGAAGCCAAUGCCAAGUGUCCUCAGAUUGUUAUUCGAUUUUAUGAGGACAGAAUAACCUGGAAUAAGGCAAAAAUAAAAGUGUAA